CGCGAGUAGCGCCUCCAGCCCAUUUCUCGUACAUGGGCGCAGCCGCAUUCGUAUUGGUUCUUGUAAUACCGCAUAACUUAAGGCUUUAUCGAAAAUAAUUCAGAAAUUUACUGAUUGUUUCAUAAUUUACCGUAAUUUUUAUUAGAACUUUAUAACGAGAUACAUGGUAAUUGAUUUAACAAUCAAGGAUUAAUGCACUUUGAUGUACGAGCAUAAAGAUGAGUGCACAUCGAACUCGUCAAUCGUACAAUUCUCUUUUACUUUUCACGAUGGGAAUACAAAUCUAUAAAAAAUACGUAUAUUAUUUAAAGUCAACCGGAAUAUGCAUUGUUGUGAUGGGAGGUUGUUGGGUCUUUUACCAACUACGGCAGGUAACAAAAAUUUUACAAUCUACAAUGCCCACUAAUGUUUUGGAUUUAGAGCAUGCUCGUCCACAAUACAUAUAUGUUGAUGAUCCUAGAUUUAAAGAUAUACUUAAGGCUCAAAGCAUUGAAAGUCUGCAAUCGUCUGUGCCAACGCACCAUGUUUCUUUUAGUCAUACUAUAAUGCAAUGGUGGAAAGCAUUGAAUCGCAAUGUUGCAUAUAAAUUAUUACAUAUGGCACAACAUGGCAAUGAAACAGAACGUUUAAAGGCACUAUACAGUCUUAAUUCCUUAAAGCACUUAAAAGAUUGGCAUUAUCGACAUAUUGCACAAAUGUUAGAUGCAAGAACUGCAGUAUGUGUUGCAAGGCUGCCAAAUGUUAAUCCCAAAUUUUUCUUAAACCCACCAUAUUGCCAUAAGAAACAUAAAUUACAUGAUGUAAUAGAAAAAGUACACCAGUUGUUGCUUCAGCUAAAUACAUUAUGUAAACAUACUCAUUCAUGUCUUACUGAAUUUCUUAAUAAAAAAUUUAAGGAUACAUAUACUGAUAGUUUGAUACUUGAUCACGAUUUAACAAGCUUAGGACUGGUUGCUGCACCAGAUGUAACAUGGGAUCAUGAACUGUUACAAAGUUGUGUUCAAGCAUUAUGCCAUCAUUCUUGCCUUGAAGAAUACAGUAAAGAUAUUCUUGAUGCUGGUGGACUUCCAUUAUUAAUGAUAUUAAAAAAAAUUUUUUGUAACAAUAUUAAUGUAUGUAUAUUACUUGCCAAAAUAAUUUCGAAUCUCUCCCUUCAUUCAGAAUAUUUGGAACAGAUUUUCCAAUCAGGAUGGAUUGGUACUUUAGUAGAAUGGUCUCAAAAUUCUGAUAUACGAUUAUCCGCUCCUGCAAGUCGCGCAUUAGCCAAUUUAGAUAUGGACGAAAAUAAGCAUAUUAAAUAUCCUAGACGCGUUUAUCUCCUUCAUCCUUUAAACAAAACCGCAGGAAAGACAAAGAUGGAUGUUGUUUUUCUACAUGGACUUCUUGGCGGUGUAUUUGUAACUUGGAGACAGAGGGAUGUAGAUACAUUUGCAGUAAGAGUUGUAGAUCCUUGUACUCUACAAGAUGGAAUUGAUACUUUCUCAAAUUUGAUAGAUGAUCAAUCACAAGAGUUUCUAAAAGAUUUAGCUAUUGACUUUCGAAAGCGUGAAUGGGAUAAAAUAGGACAAGAUUUUGAAAUAAUUCUAGAUGAUUGUCCUCAGAACAUUGAUGAAAAAGCAUGUGGACCAUUCUUUUAUAAAGGGGACGAUAUUUACAUGAAGAAAAUAGAGUAUGAUAAAAGACAUAGAACUCAGUGUUGGCCAAAAGACUGGUUACCUCAAGAUGUUCCAUCUAUUCGAAUUGUUGGACUAAAUUAUGAUACAAAUUUAUCACUGUGGACUCCAUCAUGUCCGAUCGAUGGAAUAAAAACUAGUAUGAGGGAAAGAAGCGCAGAAUAUGUAAGGAAACUGUUGGCUGCAGGUAUCGGGCAACGACCAACGGUUUGGGUAUGCCAUUCAAUGGGUGGUUUAUUAGUCAAACAGAUGCUAGUUGAUGAAUGGAAAAAUGGUGAUAAAAAUAAUAUAUGUAAAAAUACUGAAGGUAUAAUGUUUUAUAGCACUCCACACCGAGGUUCUCGUGUGGCAGCCUUAAAACAAGCAACACAGAUGCUAGUAUGGCCGUCAGUGGAAGUGCAAGAACUUCGUGAAGAAUCACCAAAUUUAUUACGCUUACAUCAGGAAUUCCUUAAGAUGUUACAACAAUAUCCUAUGGAGAUUGUUAGUUUUAGCGAAACUAAACCUACAGUAGUGACUCCAUUAAAAGUUCCAUUUCAAUUUGUUACUUCCAGUUCAGCAGAUCCUGGAAUAGGCGAAUUUUAUGAAAUUGCUCAAAAUCAUUUAUGCAUAUGUAAACCAGCUAACAGAUAUUCCUUUUUAUAUCAAAGACUUUUAAGUAUGCUAAAACGCCAUGUAACUCCUAACGAGGAAACAAAUGUUUCGCCGCUUGCAGAGCUGCUUUCAUUGUCAAAGAGGUUAUUUUAAUUCUGAAUGUAUUUGUAUAUUUUUCUAAGUGGUCACAAAGAGAUACAUAAAAACUAUGUAUCUAGUUAUCAAAAGAUUUAUUUUUGUAUGAUUAAUUACAUUGUAACAGAAGGAAAUAACAAAUAAACAUGGCAGGAACCAAUUUUUCUUUUUUUUUUUUUUUAAUUAUAAUAACGAUAAUUCCAAUUAAUAUCGAAUAUGUUUAUAUUACAAAAAUAUUAAAUAUUUUCAAGUACUCAUUUUACGCCACCGAUUUAUUUCUUUGACUAGAAUAAACAAUAGAAUUUCAUAAUAAAAACUACUGAAGUUAUUUUAUAACAAUUUUUCGGAAACAAACCAUAAGAUACUGUUUGCUCAAAAUAAGGUAACGACAAUAUAUUAAAGCGUAAUAAUCCUAGAUACACGAGUAUAAUAAUUGCACAAUUAUUUUAUAAUGUUAUAGUUUCUGUGAU